AGGCAUUGGUCCCAUUGUUAAGGUUUUUGGUAUGACCUGACCGGGAUUUGAACUCUGGUCUUCCAGUCUUGUUACUCAUAUUACUAGGCCUUUUUGAUUUGUUAUAGAAGGGAAAUAAAUAUAAAUAUAUUGAUUUAUUGCUAAGCUAAAGUUAUGUGAAAAACAUUGCCACUCAAGAUUUGAAACCAGUUUCAUGCAGGCAAUACCAGUUUAGUUGCAAUAGAAUACUAGUUAGUGAAGUUUUCCCAUAAGGAAACAGCAGAUGGAUGCAAAACCAGGUUCUGAGUGGAUGCCCAAUAGCUCCAGCCCACCGGACUGAGAAGAGGAGAUGUGGAUCAUCAUUUCUAUAUUAAAUAACAGCAUAACACUAAAGUGAUUGUUCUUUGUCUUUCACCCUUUAGACAUUACAUCAUGCCCUUCUAGGACACUUGGUCAUGUCUGUGAGUAAAGUAUUUAUGCAAAUAAGCCAGCUUGGAAGUGUCUGUGUGUUUAAAAACAGGUCAGAAAAAUGGCAUGGUGGAUGUGACCUCAGAUGUGUAAAGAUGGAGCAGGUCGACCAACUGGUUUCCUAUUACUCAAGAGGAGCUUUAAGAAGUAAAUGCACCAUUGUGUUAACGUUUAAAAGAGCUGCUGAAAUCAGAAACAUCAGAGAUGUUUGUUCAGCUCAGCUGCUGUGAUCCCUGGAUUUGCCUGCUAAACCCCAUCUAGGAGUCUAAAAUGGCAGCGGGGAUGCGGCUGCAUGGAGACCCUCCUCCUCCUCAUGUGUCGUCACCACCUCUGGUCCAAUCACAUUGGAGCCACGGAAAACAGCAGCAGGGGAAAAAAAAAGAAGCCAGCGCGAGCUCGGCCGGUGCGAGCCGGCUCCAGCGUCACUAAAGCUCACUGUAAAUUAUAUAUAUAUAUUUAAAUACUUUUCUUUCUUCUAUUUUUAAAACCCCGUAAGAUAAAAAGGAGAUGAGGAGACUCUCGGCGCUUUUCCGGGACCUGCACACCCUGAGUAACCGUCCAGCGAGGCAAAAAGCUGGGGUCGUCGGUUCUCGGUGCGGGUUUUGCGGAACUCAGUCUAACAAGCCCCAGCCAAGAUUCGGGCUGUUGUUUGACAUCGAUGGGGUGCUCGUCCGAGGAAGGAUGCUAAUCCCUGCAGCACAAAGGGCCUUCCAGAAGCUGGUCGACUCUCAGGGACAGUUUGUGGUGCCGCUUGUUUUUGUCACAAAUGCAGGGAACUGCCUCCGGCAGACGAAAGCAGAUCAGCUCUCUCACAUCCUGGGAGUGCCGAUCACUCAAGAUCAAGUCAUCAUGUCACACAGUCCUCUCAGGAUGUUUAAGAAGUUUCAUGAGAAGUGUGUUUUGGUGUCGGGACAGGGGCCGGUCCUGGAAAUUGCUCACAACGUGGGCUUUAAGAACGUAGUCAGUAUCGACAUGGUGAGGGAGUCCUUUCCAUUGCUAGACAUGGUGGAUCACAACAGACGACCCAAACUGCCUUCCAGUUCUGUUGUUUCCCUUCCUGAAGUCGAAGCUGUGGUUUUGUUCGGGGAGCCGAUUCGAUGGGAGACCCACCUGCAGCUGAUAAUAGACGUCCUGUUGACCAACGGCAACCUCAGCAGUCCUCACCACACCCACGCUACGCCUCACCUUCCCCUGUUGGCCUGUAACAUGGACCUUAUGUGGAUGGCCGAGGCCAACUCGCCACGGUUCGGCCACGGGACGUUUCUCGUGUGCCUCGAGAACAUCUACAAGAAGAUCACCGGCAGAGACCUGAAGUAUGAGGCUCUCAUGGGAAAACCCAGUGAACUGACUUAUCAUUUUGCAGAGUUCCUGAUCAGAAGCCAGGCUGAGCAGAGGCAGUGGAAGCUUCCCAUCACCUCCCUUUAUGCUAUAGGAGACAACCUGAUGACUGAUAUAUACGGAGCCAAUAUGUACAAUCGAUUCCUAGAGGAGCGAGUUGCCAGAAAGAACCCAAAAGCUGUUGCCAAGGUUGCGGCUGCCACGGGGUCCAGUGCCACCGUGCCCAGGGAAGAGGAGUUGGACAGCCUGUGGGAAAGCGAACUUGCGCUGCCUUCUGCCACUUCCUGUAAGUCUAUACUAGUUUGCACGGGGGUGUACAAUCCUAACGCGGCGGUGCCGUCCGACGCAAACAGCUGCAUCAAGGAGACCGUGUUCCACGGGCACAGGGACUUCAGGUUUGACCCCGCGCUGGUGGAGCCGGGCCACAUCGUGAAGGACGUGGCAGAAGCUGUCGACCUCAUCUUUGAGCAGGAGAAGUUUGUGCCUCAGUAGGGUUUGGAGUUCAGUGGGCCAGUGCUUUGGGCUGAGGCGGCGCCGGCGGGAAUACACCACUUCAGGAGUGACACUGUGCUGGUGCCACACUGUGGACUUAACUAACAGGCACUGAUAAAACAGGUCAUCUUAAGAAUUUAAUGUUACAUUAAGACAGAAGAGAAAACGACUAACUGUUACCAUCAUCUCCUCUUUCUGUGAUGUUUUCAUUCAGCUCCUCCCUACCGAGGGAAUGUGUUCUCUAAAAACACUGAAGCCGUGUUGUUUAUUACAAGUCUGUUCCAGUGUUUAGGCAAGCAUACACCAAUAACGUUUGACUUUUAUUUCAUUUGUUUCUGCUUUUAAACCUAUGCAUGAACGUGAGAGUAGAUGUUUUACUGUAAACUCAACCGUUGAUGUGCAAUAUCAUCCUCUAAUCGUAGCGUCUGUCCGAAGUUUGCCUAGUUGUGAAAGCCAUGAACCGUAAUUUGCACAGAUCUUUCAGGUUUGCUAGCUUAUCGUUUCUAGCCAUAGAUUGUUUUUUACAUUACAGACUUUCCACUUUUUACUCCCAGACUUUUGUUUCAGAAACAAAAGCUAGGAAGACACUUAUUUAGCCUCAUUGAAAGCGCUUAGUAGGCCAUCCACUCACUGUAAAUACUUUAUCUUUAAAAAUAUGCUAAUUUGUUUUUUCUUUAAGCUAAAAAUAACAUGAUCAUUAUUAUUAGAUGUUUAAUUAUACUUUUAACAUAAAACAUUUUUAUUUUAAGCAGUUACCAAAAGUUUAGAGCUGAUAUCUAAAAGGAUGUUUUAAAAUAGACAUUUAAAUAAUUUCACUCCGCCUUAAUGAUGGUCAGAUGUUUCUUUUGUUUUAUUCUUAGACACAAAUAUUUAAACGGCUGCUGAAGGAAACCAGGUCUGGUGUUUGGUAGAAAGCAGAAAUCUUUACCGGUGGAGAACACUAUUCAGCAGACAGGCAUAGACCAGCGCCACAGGUGAUGCACUUGAAUUUCUGGUUUUGUGCCAACUUCGUUUGUUUAUUAUUCAUUUGAAAAAGGAAUUAAUCAACAUUCUGUAAACCAUAUUGUGCCAAAUGUGGUAGUUGUAUUUGCUCCAGAGUGCUGCUUCCUGACCUCAGACGCAUUAUGAAAUAAACAUUUGCCACAUGA